AUGAAUCCUGGGGAUCGAUUUGUCCAGACUUUGCGAAAGCUAGGUUAUCCUAAAGCCCCCAAGAUGGAAGGAGAAGACUUUGACUGGUUAUUUGAAACACCUGAUGCCAAAAAAUUCCUAGACUGGUUUUGCAGUACUGUAUCAGAGCAAAAUGUGAUGUCUGAUGAAAAACUGCAGGCAUUUAAUGAGAUAAAGGACUCUGGCAAAGCUUUCCUGGAUGAAAAAGCUUUAGAUGAGGUGAUGAAAACCUUCAAACCAGCUAACUCGAAAGCCACUGCAAGGGAAGAAGUGGCCAUUGGGAAGCUUGAGGAAGAGCUUCAAAGCCUGAAAAACCUAAGAAGUCUGCAUAUACAAAGGCGCAACAAGCUUCAGAUGAUGGGAUCGGCCAAUGUCCACUCACACCUGAAAUUCAAGGAUAGGGAAGAAGAGGAGGCCAAAUCGCUGAACAAAACCCUGAAUGCCCUGCAAGUCUCAAGUAAUAAGCUGAACCAUGAACUGCAGACAUUGGUCGAAGGAAUUCAAAAGUUGAUCUCCUUUUAUGCUCCUCAGGAAAUGGGUUCUACAGCAUCAUCUCCAAUUUUCCUCUUUCAGGUUCUUCUAGAUAAAUAUUUAUCUUGUGAGGAGCAAAGCACCAACGCCUUGACUCUCUUUACUAAAGAACAUUUCUUUGAGGGUCUUUCUCGAUGUAUUGAGGGUUCAGAGAGUGACUUUCAGCUUGUUCAGCUGGAUGGAAACAGUGAGACUGACCCUGCCCUUGAGGACAAAUGUAAAGAAAUGAUGAGAAUUCAACUGGCGUACAUCAGUGCCAAACACAAGCUGAUACAAGCAAAGGCCAAGAGAGCAAGUCUGGUGACAGGUCUACAAUGGGUGGAAAAUAAUGCAAGUGCACCCCAGGGUGUGAAGGAUGUCAACAAAGACAAACUAAAGGUCCGUAUUGCAAGUUUAAAGGAAGAGUCAACCCAGAUUGAGAGCCAUAUUGCUGCCACUAACAGAGACACUUUGCCAGUGCUGGUUCGGGAGAGCGCCCAGUUGCUGAAUAUGCCAAUUGUGAAAGGAGACUACGAUGUGCAGAUUGCCCAUCACAAUCUAUACCUAUCAAGGCAGGACUUGGUAUGUGAUCAUCUGAUGAAGCAGAAGGCCUCCUUUGAGCUCCUCCAGCUGGGAUACGAAUUAGAACUGAGGAAACAAAGAAAUGUCAACCAGCAAUUGCAGAUGAUGAUCCAAGACCUGAAACAAAAUGCAGAAAAACUGGAGACAAGGCUACUGAUGAUGUCUGACGACACUUUGUUGUUGGCAGACAAACCCAGGACUAACAUUGACUCUAAAGACACAUCUGCUCAUGGGUUAUUCCAGCUUCUGGACGGCGAUAACACCCAGAAACUGUUCAGAACGUACAGCGGCUUGGAGUCUGUUGCUCUGAAAUUGUCCCAGGAAAUCCACACUGUAAAAAAUCAGCUGGCUGUUUGUGAGCAAGAACAGUCCCAUCUCCUGUCAAAGCUGGAGGCUAAUAUGAAAUCACUGCAAGAUUUUAUGUAUCCUGAUGGGAGCGAAUUAAUGCUGCAAACACCAGAAGUGUCUACUAAUUUUCAGCACUUGCAUAUCAAUCUGGACCAUCUCAACCAGAUUUUACUGGAGGUUCUGGAGGAUCUAAAAGUAAAGAGGAAGAUCUUGAAGUCUAGCAAGUUUGAUAAGCUGGAGAAACAAAUUUACGUAUACUUUAUUCAGAAUGAGAAGCUUUUAAAGAGUGUUCUGGAGAGCCUGGAGCACCAGACAGAGGAUGCCUCUUGA